AUGCCGAUUUAUAACAAGAAGCAGCAGGAGCUCGUGGACUCUGCAGUCUAUGUCUGGAGAUUUUAUGAUAGCUGGUUCAAACCAGAGGUGGAAUCCAUUGCCACGUUCCUGGAACAACAUGAUGUCCCGUGCUAUCUGAUCAAUGAUGGAAUGUGGCGGGUAUACGGAUGUAAGAACCGCAUCCUCUCCGUUGAUCUAGUUAUUGAAGCCCGGGCCACCAAAAAGGCGGUCCAGGCCUUGCGCAAGGCCGGGUUCGACGACAAGCCCCAGAGUACCGACCAUUUCAAGUCCCAGAAAGAUAGUAAAGGCAAUCACGGAUCUCCAUGCAAAUACCUCUAUGACCUGCGGUUGCGGGAUCCGCUUGAAGGGUGGUGGUUGCCCGCCCAUGUCUUCCAUCUCCGGCCGGCCCCCGGGGAAGAGCGCCAUGUGGACCUGAACCUGUUCUACCAUGAGUACUAUUUCCCGCUCCUGAAGUCUCCGAAGCUGGGACGGCCUCCCUUGAAUGACGAUACUUAUCUGGUCACAACCGACCCGCGUCUUGCAGAGCACUGCCCCGAUCUAAACUCCUAUGAGAUCAAGGUGUUGCGUCCGGCGCGGCUGGUGGAGGCUCUGGUUCGCCUCUGCUACCGAGAUUUGUACUUGAUAACUCAACGUCGCAUGUGGUCAAGAGACUGGCUUAAAGGUGCCACGUGGGUGCACGAUCUCACCAACAUCUUCUACUCGGCUGCUGCGGCCGAUCAUACGGAUGGGCCCAGUGGUGAGAAAGAUCACAACCUCCCCUGGGGCUUUCAGAAGUGUUUUCGGAACCCGAUUUUGACUGAAACGCCUGCGCUCACCCUGCGAGAUCUGGAUCCCGCCUGGAUCCGCCUGGCAGAGUUUCAGCCGCUAUUCCAGGAGUGUUGGAAAGCGAUGGUUCUGUCGCGGAGCGUGCCAAAGAAGCCUUCACCCAGCUGGCCAGUGAUCGACCACUGCCCCGUUCUGAGUAUUCACAGCGACUGUGCAGCGUACCCGGCGAUGAAUGAGUCUGCCUGGCGCUUCAAGGAGGCCGACAUCUUCCCGGAUGGCACCGGUCCGUUCCCCGAGGUUCAGUUCGAGGCCUGGAACAAACUCCGCGGCAACUUUCCGGGGGUGUCGACGGAAUCGAUCUUUGAUUCCGACGACAACCGCUGCAAUGGUCUCGAAAAAUGGAUUAGUGCGAAUUACGACUCGCGGUACAGAUGGCGCGGUGACCCGUGGUCACGACACUACCGGUCACCGUGA